GAAUGGGCCAGCCCUAAUUCGACCCGAUUUGGGGUUAAACUUCAACCUGUCUCCAUACCGAAAUCUUUGCCAGCAUUACUAAAAGCAUGAAGAUCUUAAUCAGAAAUGAACAUUGUGCGCACUCUAGCAGCAUUAGAAAUCAUGAAGUAAGAAAACCAGCAAGUUCUUUGUAACCCAUUUCCAGGCUUGGUGAUGCUGGCUCCGUUUGGAUUGAGGUAUUUGAAAGGACAAGGAGUGUGAAGGGCAGCUUAUGUUAAUGCCAUAUAUAUUAUCUUGAAAUAAGUUAAUGUUUCCUUUUGUAAUCCAGAUGCUUCCAAUGUCUUGCAAAUGUUGAUGUCUUACACUCUAGAAGUACAACAUGGCUAUCAGAGCAGCAAAGUUUUGCAGAUCCUUUCUUCCUCUACAUUGUCGUCUCCUCCAAUAUUGUUCCAUCUACUCAAUCUCUUCAUCACAGAUGCUCCAAGAAACUAUAAAAAAUGCGGUUGAAGCCAAAACUUACCAGAAAAUUCCCGAUCUUCUCAAAUCCUCUGCUCAAGCUUGCCAAAACCCAAAUCCUUUCUCAUUCCUUUCAUCCUUUCCCCACAACCUUAGAACGCAAGUGGUUGAUGAAAUUUUGCAGUCUUUCAUCCCUCUAAGACCUCGCUCUCGGGGUCAGAUUGCCUAUUCCUACCUCCUGUCCUUUACAUUGCAAUGCUCCAAUCCCUUCCCUCUUGCUCUUGCCAUCCUCCAACGAACUCUUCGCUCUGGUUGCAUUCCUGUCCCCCAAACCCUUCUUCUCCUCUCUUCUGCUUGGCUGAACUGCCGGAAUGAAUCUCACUCUGUCUCUAAGAUCCUAUUAGAAAUGCAGUCAAUUGGAUAUCAUCCGGACUGUGGUACAUGCAACUACCUUAUAUCGUCUUUGUGUUCUGUUGAUCAGUUGAAUGAGGCAGUGAAAGUCUUAAAGGAAAUGAGUAGGGCAGGAUGUGUUCCUGAUUUGGAGAGUUUUGACACGGUAAUUGGUGCAAUGUGCACUGUCAGAAGAACAGCUGAGGCAAUAGAUAUGAUUAAGCAAAUGGUAGAGAAAGUUGGGUUGACACCAAGGCAGGGGACGAUUGCAAAAGUGGCAGCAGCAUUGCGAGCAAACAGAAAUAUAUGGAGAGCAGUUGAGAUGAUUGAGUUCUUAGAGAGGGAUGGCUACCCUGUCGGCUUUGAGAGCUAUGAGUUGGUGGUUAAUGGGUGCUUGGAUUGUGGUGAGUAUAUUUUGGCGGGGAAAGUGGUGAUGGGGAUGACGGAGAGAGGUUUUAUACCUUAUAUUAGGACCAGGCAGAAGGUUGUUGAGAGGUUGGCUGGUGCUGGUGAAUGGAAGCUGGCUUGUUCUGUGAGGCAAAGAUUUGGAGAGUUGAGGUCUUAGCUCCUUGUAUUUAUUCUUUGGGUCCAUGGAUUGGAGUUCUUUGCAUAGAAGGGAGCUGGUACUCAGACCAUUGCCUAUGUCGCACAGAAGAGCUGGCUUGUUCAAUGUUGCUUUGUUCUGCAGUUCAGCUUCUUAAAAGUCUGUUGUAAUUUGAUGGUAAAUUCAUGGUGGUUAAUUCUCCAUACAAAGGCCAAAUAGUGUUUGAGAUGAAAAAUUACUUCUUCUUACAACUGAACAAAUUUGCAUGUUUAAACUUUUCUGGACCCAAAUGUAACAGAAUUUUAAAUUAGCACUAUAAAUGUAAACAAUUAUCAACAAAAUUUAAAUAAUUUAUUUUUAGUUGAGAGAAUGAAGGUGGGAUUGAGAGAAUAAGAAAUGCUCUUCUUUUUCCAUUGAAACGAAGUUUCUUAUACAACGAUUUUGCUAACAUCUUCAAUAGUAGUUCUCUUCUCCUUUUGAAAUGACCUGUGUUUUGGGUGGCCUUUGUUGUUCCUUUUUUUUUUUUCCCUCUUUUCUUUGUAUAAUAUAAACCUUACUUGUUAUUUAUUGGAAUUCCACACUUGCAUA